AUGAAAGGGCAUCCGCCGCUGCUGCUGCUGCUGCUGCUGCUGCUGCUACUUCUGAUUUCGGCCGCGUUCCUCUUCCGAGGCGGGCCAGUCGCCGUCCACCUUGCUUACGUACGGCUCCAUGACGAGCAGAGCCUGUCGGGUCCACGGCUCGGCCCUGUCCUGGUCAAACCUCCUGGCUUCAACAGUAGGGCUGCACUUCGGGGACCUCUGCUCGUAAAGCGCGAAAUGGUCUGCUGGAGGGUCGAGAGGGCCAGCUCUUGA